AUGCAGUCUAAAUGAAGCGUCAAACCUUCUGAAUACUCCUAGCACCACGCCCAGUCUAAAUGAAGCGUCAAACCUUCUGAAUACUCCUAGCACCACGCCCAGUCUAAAUGAAGCGUCAAACCUUCUGAAUACUCCUAGCACCACGCCCAAUCUAAAUGAAGCUUCAAACCUUCUGAAUACUCCUAGCACGAUGCCCAGUCUAAAUGAAGCGUCAAACCUUCUGAAUACUCCUAGCACGAUGCCCAGUCUAAAUGAAGCGUCAAACCUUCUGAAUACUCCUAGCACCAUGCCCAGUCUAAAUGAAGCGUCAAACCUUCUGAAUACUCCUAGCACCAUGCCCAGUCUAAAUGAAGCGUCAAACCUUCUGAAUACUCCUAGCACCACGCCCAGUCUAAAUGAAGCGUCAAACCUUCUGAAUACUCCUAGCACCACGCCCAAUCUAAAUGAAGCGUCAAAUCUUCUGAAUACUCCUAGCACCACGCCCAAUCUAAAUGAAGUAUCAAACCUUCUGAAUACUCGGGGUGCUACGUCGACAUUUGUUCACCUGGUGUCGGCGUCUGGGCUAUCUUUUG